CAUUUUUGCGCGAUGAUUCGAUGCACGGCUGGAGGAGUAUCCGCGGAUCGUGCCGUUUUCCUAUGAUUCCGUUCCGGCGUCUUAAAAUAUCCGCGCGAAGGGUGCUGGUGUUUCCGGUUCGACGCGUGAUCCAAUAUCGGAUCGAACGAUCGACAAAGUGAAUCGCCCGUUCGACGUUAACGACGGUUGAACUGUUGAUCGCGUGAAAAUGGAUGCCCUGGAAUUGCAAGCGGCCCUGGUCAAGCUGGACCCGGCCACCACGGUCACGCCCAUCGGCUCAAACGUGAAGAUCGUGCCGCCCCAUCAUCGUAUCGCCUUCACCGUCGACCUGGACGACAACACUUUGACCUUGGAAUCCAGCACGCAGAACGACGACAAGUCGAGCAACGUCUCGUCGACGCUGCAAACGGCCACGAACGCCACCAGGAAGCUUCACGGGAAGUGCUCGUCCCACCUGACCGUACCCGGUCAUCAGAAUCAUCAGACCAGCCAGCAGAUAGGCCUCGCGAAAUGCAAUAUGGCGGAGGUCAGGUGACGCCAGCCUUGCUUCGACCUUAUCUUUUAUCACACUUACCCGCCCCACAGAAGCAGCAAACAUCACGCUAAGCAUCAAUCUAAGGAGAAGAGACAUAGAUCUCAUGUGGUGAGUCCUGUGGUUGUACCAAAGUGUUCGUUGUGUAGGACGGCGUGAGAUGUUUGUUUUUAGUUGUCGUACGGCGAGGGGAAUGUUAAUUGUUGCGCGUCUUCUAUCCAGGCCAAACUAGCCUCGUACGUAGGAAUCGACGAGUUUCGAUACGCGAUUCACGCGGUUUUGUUUUCGCGUUACCAGCUGCGCGAUGCAAGUUUAUG